UUGACAUUUGACUCGUCAAAAUAGUGAUAAAACAUUGAUACUGUUACACAUAGUUAAUAAUAAAAUAUUUUCUUUAGCUUUAACACUAAAUGACAGUUGAAAUUAAACAUAAAAAUGAAUGUUAUAAACUUUUUAUUAUUAGUUUUUUUACAAAGUUCUCUAAUCCAUUCAAAACGUUUCCAACGAGAUUUACCAAAAUGUUCAAUGGUUAUUGGUGUUGGGCAACCACUGUAUAAGAAUGGAAUUUUAUCUUCACAAACUGUUAACCGAGUAAUAGUUGCAAAAAAAAAAGACGUUAAAUGUAUUGAAACAAGUGGCACAGGCAAAUUUAAUUUAUCAAUGAACAUUUAUUCCGAUGACUCGUACACAACAUUUUUAUCGCAAAAUAACCAAGAAAGUUUGGUUUACAAUCAACCUAAAAUAUUCCUAGAGCUUAAACUAAACAGCGAUGAAGAUGAUUUUAUUAUUAAACUUAUAACCUGCUAUGCAACACCAGACAACAAUCCUCAAAACGUUAUUCAAUACAAGUAUAUACAGAAUGGAUGCGCGUUAGAUUCUACAAUCGUAUUCUACGAUGGAACUAAUAAAAAAAUAAACCGUUUUAGUAUAAACACUUUCCGAUUUGUCAAUUACAGCUCAGUAUUUUUAUUUUGCAAUGUAGGUGUGUGCAGUAAAACCUCUGUAGAUUGUCAUGAAACCCAAUGUAAUAAUAACAAAAACAUGUUAGGUAUAAACAAAGAUUCUUCACCUCACCUAAAAUCUGUGCUUAGUGAAACUAUAAACCAAGAUAUUAAUUAUAGCGUUGAAUGUCAUCCAAAAACCAUGACCCUUGCUAUUAAAAAACCCUUACCAAGCUGGCAUGAAAUUGAAAACUUUCAUUUAAUUGAUCGAAGUUGCAGAGCAAUCGAAAACAGUACACAUGUGCUUUUCAAGACUCCUCUACAUCUUUGUGGAACUACAAAAGAAAAGCAUCCAUCAGGAGCAUUUUUAUUUCAAAACGCAUUAUUAAAAACAAUUGAAGCCUACCCAAUUCAACGCACCAGUAUCAUGUUAAAAACAUACAGCUGUAGGUACAACAACAAGUAUGAAGCUUCAGUAUCAAUUGCUAAAAUCUCUAUGAAACCCAAAAAUUUUCGAAGUAUAGCGUUUGGAAACUAUAAUGUAACUAUUGAUCAGUAUAAAGACGCAACGUUCAUUGAAAAAAAGUUUGAUUCAGUCACUUUUGAUUCAAAUGCUGAUAUGUACUUUCAAGUUGGUAUAUUGGGCGAGGUGUUCAACCUGGCUUUGUUUUUAGAUGAAUGUUUCGGAAGUCCGUUCUAUAGAAGCAAUAAUAAAGAAAAAUUUACUUUUAUUGAAAGGGGGUGCUCUAAAGAUAAAAGCCUCAAGUUUUACAAAACUGCUGACGCAAGCAAAAUAAGGUUUAGCGUUAAACCAUUUCUUUUUGAAAAUUCAAGCAGAAUGUUUAUUAGCUGUUACGUAUCAGCUUGUAACGCAAAGGAUUUAAACGAUAACAAAUGUAAAAAAGGUUGUUUAGAAUAAAUAGUUUAAAAGUUGUUUUAA